AUGAAAAGUGAUAUAGAAAAAGAAGCUGGCACUUACAUACUUAGGAGUUUUGGACAAUUUUUCAAAAAACAAUUUCAAGAUCAUAUAUCUAUAUGCAAUCAUGGAAUUCUAGUGGAAAAUAAAUCUUUUAUUCCCAUAAGAGUGGAGAUCGCUCCCCAUGAACUUACCCCAAUUCCACAUUUAGUAGCUUCUGAUAAUACCGUAAUGUCAAAAGUAUUAGGUGUUUUAUGUUCACUAUGUGUUGAGGUAACAACUUUGAAAAGAGAAGCAUUUGAAAGACAUUUCUGUUUCCUAGCUGCAUAUGAAGAAUAUCCUAAAAGUGGCAUUGCCUCUCAAAUGGAAUCAAUAUGUCUGUUAAAUGCAUUUACGGCACACUGUAAUGACACACUACAGAAUCUUUGUUGUCAGGUUUUUGCUAUUGUAUCAGAAGGUCUCAUAAAUCUUAAUGGCAUUCAACUACAUUAUAUCAUAAAUAAUAUUGGCGAACUUUUUACUAUAAUUAUAUUAUUGGAAUUAUUGAUAUCUAGAACAUCUUUAGCAACCAAUUGGCAUAACUAUUGUAAGAGUUUAAAGGCGUCUACUCCGGAAAGCUUGGAAACGCAUGAUGAAAAUUUCAAAGCGUUAUUGGGAGCUGUUGAUAAUAUAACAUGCAAGAUUAUGAAUGAUGAUAUAGUUCAAAGCACGCUGCAUCAUUUAUUAACGCUAAGAAAGAAAACGCUUGUUGCAAAAAAUUGUACAGCUGUUGCUUCAGAGUUUACGCAAUAUCUUAAACAAGCAAUUUUUAACUUGGACAGAUUGGUACAAGAUAAACCAAACACAGAAAAUAUGUAUAAAUGUAUUAAAAUCAAUGCUUUAUUUGUGCUAAACUCACAUUUGUUUGGCAGUGGUGACAAGAAAAAUUUUAAAUCAUUAUGUGAUCUUAAUUUAAAGGCUCACAGUAUACAUGUCAUUGGAACAACUAUAUGGUUUCCCGAACAAUUUUUACAAAGAUAUGCUCCAUCGCUUUUCUCCAAUCAUGGAAAGUUGUCACAAAGUAUGCUCAAAACUCGACAAGCAUACAUGAAUACCAAAAAAAUAUCACUGUCUAAAGACAUUAUGAUCCUACAAAGUGUUUGCUCACAAUGGGUAUUAAACAUAGAAGACAUUUUUUCGAACAGUAAUAAGUUAAACGCAACAGAAAUGAGCAUGCAUGCAAAAAUAAUUCUAGAAGGAGUUCAUACUGUCUCCACCAUCAGCCAUUCGCUCCUGACAUUUUUAAAUCUACAUUUGUCCCUCGGGAUACCCUUGUCAAAACAAACCCUUAUGUCUUUAUUCGAAGUUAUAGACAUACUCAAAGGCGUUAAAAACGCUGUUGUACGUAAUUGUAGUCAAAUUAUAAAUUCAAUAACAAUGAUCAUUCAACAUUUACUAUUUCAAGCAGCAUCCUCCGUACAGGAAGUAAAGAAAAUGUUAAUGUGCGAUAAAAAAUAUGCCAGUAAAAAAUUAGAUGAGCUAACAUGCAUUGUUAUUGCAGAACAAGCUAUUACAGGUGCAGCUACCAUUGAGCGGAACAUAGCCGCAAAUAUUGCAUUGAGUUUUGUGCCAGACACAACUUAUGUGAAUGACACUUACAUUAAAUUAGGAACAUUGCUCGAGAAAAUUCAAAUGUUAACAAACUUUCUCACUAACAUUGAUAAAUAUUGCAAUUGUUCUUGGAUGCUUUGGCAUCAAAAUAUCAUCCCAAUUUAUUUUGAACAACAGUUCGGCGUCCAAUUGAAUGCACUUAAAUUAAAAUAUUUCUUCAUGGUUUUGGAAGAUUGCGCGUCUCUACUGCACAAAACUGAUAAAUAUUACGGAAACAUGAAAUUUCAGGAAUUUCUCAAUAGUACCAAUGAUUUAAUUGAAGAUAAAGUACUAGACAAUUCCAGCCAACAUAUUGAAACUAAUUUACGUCUACAUAUUCACUCUCAUUUACAACUAGAUAUAAUAAACCCGUUUACAACUGAUAUGAUUAAAAAAGUGCUCCUAAUUACUAAUAACUUGAGAAUUGUAAACAUAUAUAUGAAUGUUGUCCCUAACGUGGAACAUUAUUUAUCCAAGACCUACUACAACUUAACGACUGUCGUUUUGUCGGACUGGAAAACUUAUGGAGAGAUGCGACAAAUGGCUAAACUUAAGUUUAAUCUUGCAACGGUACAGGAUAAUCUUCCUAAACAAACAUUAGAACAAGGCCUCGACGUGUUGGAGAUUAUGCGUAAAAUACACAUUUUCGUCUCUAAGUACCAGUAUAACUUGAACAAUCAAAUUUUCAUAGAAAAGAGUAGUAAUAAUAAACAUCUGAAUUCUAUUAAUAUAAGGCAUAUAGCAAAUUCCAUUAGAACACAUGGUACAGGGAUCAUGAACACAACUGUCAAUUUUACGUAUCAGUUUUUAAAAAACAAAUUUUUUACCUUUUCACAAUUUAUGUUUGACGAACAGAUUAAAUCAAGACUGAUUAAAGAUUUGAGAUAUUUUAAGGAUAACGCCCAAGCCAAUGGUAAUAUGUAUCUGUAUAAACACGCCGAAAAGUUUAACAAAGGGAUCAAAGUUUUAGGCUUAGCCGAAGAUGGCCAGAGUUACCUAGAUUUAUUUCGAGAUCUCAUAACGCAGAUAGGGAACGCUAUGGGCUAUGUUCGGAUGGUUCGAUCUGGUGGCAGACAUUGCUGUUCUGACGCAACCGCUUUUCUUCCAAGUUUGGAUAAUAAAUCAUUUAGGGAAUUGUGUGAACAAAACACACUUAGCCAAAAAGUCACUGAGGCUGCGGAAAAUUUGGACGACAAUAUUAACGGUCUAGUAUCUAAUUUUAUUGAAGGCACGGAGUAUUUUAAGUUACUUGUGGACGUUUUUGCUCCAGUGUUUAGAAAUCCUAAAAACGUCCAUUUAAAAAAUUUCUUUAUAAUUGUGCCUCCUUUGACAUUAAAUUUUGUUGAACAUAUGAUUUUAUCUAAAGACAAGAUGUCAAAGAAAAACAAAGCAGGAGCUGCGUUCACGGAUGAUGGAUUCGCUGUCGGUGUUGCGUAUAUACUGAAGCUUUUAGAUCAGGAUAAAAAUUUUGAAUCUCUUCAUUGGUUUAGUUCUGUGUGGAAUCACAUAAAAGAAGAAAGAGAAAUUAUCAAUGAACAAAAAAAUCAGGGAAGUUUGCAAUUACAACAAGCACUUGCAUUGUCGGAGAAGAAAAUCAAAACACUUGAAGAGGAAUUCAAAUUACUUUAUUAUAGCCUUACUAGUGCUCGUAUAUUUUUUAGAUAA